AUGGACACAAACAAGGAAAGGGUAUGUUUCAUUUCUAGCUACCUUAUGACCACCGACAGCAAUAUCCGGUGUCAAUUUAAUCGCGCUCAUGAAGAUCAACCAUGGUUCCAUGGAUUAUUGCCUCGAGAAGACAUCAAUAAGCUUUUACAACGUAAUGGGGAUUAUCUGGUACGAGUUACAGAACCUGAACCAGGAAUGGGCAUGAAAACGGUUUUAUCCGCACGUUGGAAAGAUAAAAAUCAUCAUUUUGUGAUAAAUGAGAAUGAUGGAAAAGUUUUCAUUGAUAAGGAAAAAUUUUCAAGUGUAUUAGAACUAGUUAAUUACUAUGUUACCGAACAAAAACCUAUAACCGAUUCAACUGAAGCUGUUCUUAUAACACCGAUACCGAAACAAGAAUGGGAAUUUAAGCAUGAUUGGAUAACACUUGGCAGAAAACUCGGUGAAGGAGCGUUUGGAGGUGUCUACGCUGGAAUUUUGACGUUUCGUGGAAAGAAAUAUGAGGUAGCAGUAAAAGUGAAUAAAGCAAGUGAAGUGACGAAAAAAAUAAUUUCUGAAAUCUGUAAGGAGGCACGUAUAAUGCGGAGAUAUCGACAUCCGAAUGUUGUGAGAUUCUAUGGAGUUGCCAUUGAACAUGAGCCUGUAAUGCUUGUUAUGGAAAUGGUAAACGGUGGAGCAUUAGAUACUCAUUUACAGAAACAAGCAGCGAUCAUAACAAAGAGAGAUAGAUUGCGGUAUUCGUAUGGUGCUUCGAAAGGUUUAGAAUAUCUUCACGAGAACGAUUGUUUACAUAGAGAUGUUGCUGCAAGAAACUGUUUGGUAGAAACCGAUGGUGAAGUGAAACUAAGUGAUUUUGGCCUUUCAAGGGAAUUAUCGAACCGUGCGAAGAAAUAUAGAAUGAAGGACAUGCGACAACGGCUGCCGAUUCGUUGGUUAGCUCCAGAGGUGCUCAGCUCCGGCACAUAUUCUAAGAAAAGUGAUGUGUUUUCCUUUGGAAUCCUUCUAUGGGAGAUCUACAUGGAUGGCGAGUCACCUUAUUCGGAUAUGACAGUUACGGAGGUCACUGCUAACGUGAUCUCUGGCUAUCGAUUAGCUCCACCACCAAAAAUGCCAAAGGCUGUUCGAGCAAUUAUGCUGAACCAAUGUUUUCCUGGAAAUCCUGAUGAGAGGAGUAAAAUGUCCGAAGUUCGAGUUGCCCUCGAAGAAGCUAUGCAACCGUCGUCGCGAUGA